AUGGAAAUGUUGCAGACGAAAGUGACAGAGAUUGAAGCUGUUAUCAACGAUAGACCUCUAACGCACGUUUCAUCCAACAUCGACGACCUGGAGCCGUUAACGCCGUCACACCUACUUUACGGCCGCAAGAUGACGUCACUUCCGCAUCACACACAUUUACCCGACGAUGAUAUCACCCAAAUUCAAAGUGACCAGACGACACUUACUAAUCAAGCGAAGCAGCAGUCAGACAUCAUCGAACAGUACUGGAGACGUUGGAAGUCGGAGUACUUAACUGCCUUAAGAGAGUUCCACACAACAACGGGCUCUAACGAGAAACGCAUUCGGGUCGGAGAUGUCGCGCAGAUAUACGAUGAGGGACCACGUAUCCGUUGGAAACGUGCUGUUGUCCUGGAGCUGAUUACCGGAAAUGAUGCUCACCAUGAGCACGUUGUGCUACGGUAUACCAAUCUUCUUGAGAUUCGCCAACUCAAGUCUACUAAGUAUGGUUUAAACAGUUUCCGGCAUGCAGCUCCAGCUCUGUGGAAUGCCUUACCAGAAAGCCACAGAAAAGUACAAGAGACAGAUGGAAAGGUGUUCUUUCACGGCAAUGUGACUGGAGAGGAUGCUCUGCAGCAAUUGCUCUCAUUGAAGUCUGCUGAACGCAUAUUUGUAGACAUUCUUCAUGUACCUGUUGGACAAUUGGACAAACGGGGCCUGUUGACCCUUCUUCACACAAGUGUGAGUGAUAUGAAAGCCUGGCAAGAAGGGUUGGACACUUUGGAACACCUAGGUCUUCUGAAGGUGUCACCAGUGUUUGGCCAGAAUGAAGGCGAUAGUCACUCUUUGGACAAUGAGUGCCCACCUAAGAAAAGAAAGACGGGAUCACAUGUUUCAGGAGCUAGCUUCAGGGUCUCUUGCAAGCUGUCAGGAAAACCUAGACUGAAACUGGACUUAAAGAGGACCAGUUCUCAGAUGGCUGUGCUCAUAAGCAGACUCCUUGGCUGGAGGGCCGAUCCCAGGAACCCACAGUUUGAGGUCAACAUCCACCUGAAUGACUCAAGCCUGACUGUGGGCAUGCCAUUGACUGAAAAGCCCCUGUCUCAGAGGUCCUACAUCAAACACUGUGGACUAAGGACCACUGUGGCCUGGAUUAUGGCAGACUUGCUGGCCAUUGAACCUGAGGAUCGAGUGCUGGAUCCCAUGUGUGGAGCUGGUACCAUACUUAUAGAGGCUGCAGUGAACUGGAAGUGUGGCACAUAUCUUGGAAUAGACAAAGACAUGGCACAGCUAUGUCUGACAUGGGAAAAUUUGCAGGACACCAGAAUUCCAGUCAGCAUUCACCUCAUACAAGGAGAUGCCACACGUGUCCCACUGCCUGAUGGCUGCGUAGAUAAGGUGGUCACAGACGCUCCUUUUGGACAGAACCACUUAGUGGAUGUUAGCCUCGACAUGUUUUACAAACAUGUUUUCUCAGAAGUAUUCAGGGUUUUGAAACCGAAUGGCAAGUUUGUUCUUCUGACCAGCAGGUCCUUAGUGAAUUGUGUUCAGUCCUUGUGUGCAAGUGCCCAAAACUCACACAGUUACACUUCUCAAAUUGUUCAAUGUACAGGACCUUCUGAAAUCUCAACAACCAGACAAGAACCAAAACAAGAAGAGAUUGGUUGUCAUGUAAGCAGAUCCAUGUCUCAUGUGUAUGAAGUUAAAGGCUUGAUUCAAGACUGUGAUUCAAAUGGAGGAAGACAUUUUAUAUUGAAGAAUUUGUUUAAUGUUAAACUUGGAGAUACCGAAGGAACAAUAUGUGUUAUGGAGAAGUAGAAUUGAACUUGUCAUUGUGAUAAAAAAUAUGUCUACAUAAAUGAAUUUAUGUAACAUUCAGUGGCAUUUAAUUCUUCAAGCCAAAUUGUGGACAAAAUAGGGCAUAAAAAGAAUAUUUUUCAAUGUUGAUUCUCUAGCAUAAAUUUAAUAUGUAGCUAAAUUGUAUCAAUAUUUCUAUAUCAUCAAUACCCAUAUACUGGCAAUGACAUUCAAUUAUGGUUGGCGCCUCCACUUUGUGAUAAACCCUUGCAUGCAUUCCUGACAGGUUGACAAUUUAUUGUCGCAUAAUAUGCUUAAAUUCUUACUUAAUAUUCAAUGGUCUCUCAGUGUGAUUUGUACCUUAAAUCAAAGGGCAUUGGUUGUACACAUGAAACAUUUCUCCACAUGUCUAGCAUUUUUUUAGUUAUUUUAAAAUUGCAUGCUUAGUGAUUAACUGUAUUGGGACUACAUAUUAAUACAUGUACCCGAAUUUAACCUUUCAGUCUGUCCUGGUAACUUAUUUUAGCUAGGAAUGAGGCUCUUACACUCAACAUCACAUCUCCACAUGGUGAAGAUAUAUGUUUGAGGUGUAAAGGGGCUCAUAAAAUGCAUCUGAGAGUUGCUCUGGUAAAACAGGGCUUAAUGCUUGUGUGUAAAAUAUAGUCCUAUAUUAGCCUGUGCCGCCCACAGAGGCUAGUAAGGGAAAGCUUUUCCACUUUGCUUUUAUUGUAAGUGUUUGUUUAAAGGAAGACUCUUUGUAGCAAAAAAAUCGAUUAUGGCGACAGUGCUGUCCCUGAUAAGCCUGUGCAGACUGCACGGACUAAUCUGGGAUGACACUUUGCACAUACAUUAAGCCCCUUUUCCCAUGUCAAGACUCAUAAUUUAGUUAAAUUAACAUAAUUAGCGUACAUAAAACAUGCAUUGAUUUCAGAUGAAGUUUAUGGAGUUGGGCUUUGUUUCAUGGCUGGAUUAAUAAUGGAGGCUAUAACAACUAUAAUAUCCCCACGUUUAUUUCCAAAAAUAGCAAAAAUAACACUGUAAUAUCCCAUUAAAAACACAUGUAUUUAAAAUCCUACCACAUGAUUACAUAUUGUACCCCAAAGUAAGUCUGAACAACCCAUAAAAAAUGCAGGUUACACAUCACUAAACAUGUUCUUCCUGUUGUUGAGAUCUGGGAUCACCUUCAGGAAUGAACUGUUUAAGCACGACCUGCAGUGAGGCCUGUGAGUAUUUAAGACCAUGUUCCAAGUAGCGCUUCAUCCACAACCCCUUGUAUACAUCCACCAACUCCAGUAACCUACACACAGAUUAGGGCAUUUUUAUAUGCUGCAUGUCAGAAACUCUCUUACUUGAAUAAUCUGAAAACAACUAGCUCAAAUCUUCCAAUAUUGUUAACUUUGUUACAAAAGUGUUGAAAUAAAAACAAAUUAAUUA